UUUUGUGACCAUUAUGGGCAUUUACGACUUCACAUCUUCACUCUCCUCUCCGUCACUUAUCUGCUAUUAGAGUUAGCACCACACAUAUAUAUCCCGCUCUUAUUUUUACUUGCUUAUUUACCUGUCUAUAUGUUUUAUAUCCCAUAUACCAAGCUACCUGCGAAGAGAAAGAACGCCAACACACCAGAAGGAAUAAGAAAGAAGCAAAGGAAAGUCAUCAGUCUCAAUUUGAAGAUGAAGAUCAUCAAAGCAUAUGCUGAUGGGAAGAAAGUGACUAAUAUAGCUCGAGAAGAAGGUCUGGCCCAUUCCACGAUCUCCGCCAUUUUGAAGGACAAGGAAAGGAUCAGAGAAGCCAUCAAAGGAUCAUCGGGAAUGAACGUAAGUAUAACAAGGCAGCGAAAAGGCCUCAUCCACGAGAUGGAAAAACUCCUCAUCCUCUGGAUCGAAGAUCAGAUACAAAAGAGGCUUCCGAUGAACCUUCUCCUCAUACAGAAUAAGGCGCGCAGCAUUUUCUCGACGCUGAAAGAACGAGCAGGCGAGGAAUGCACCGAAACGUUCACGGCCAGCCGCGGCUGGUUUAUUCGCUUCCAGCAAAGGUUUCAUUUCCAGAAAACUCAUACCUCAGGGGAAACAGCCACUGGUGACGAAGAAGCUGCCAAACGUUUUCUGAACGAACUCGAUGGGAUCAUAACAGAAGGGAACUAUUUUCCCGCCCAGAUAUUCAGCAUGGACGAAACUGGGUUGUACUGGAAAAGAAUGCCAGAGCGAACCUACAUACACAAAGAGGCCCAAGCAAUACCUGGUUGCAAAUCAUUCAAAGAUAAAGUAACUGUACUAUUGGGCGGAAAUGUUGCUGGAUUCAAGCUGAAGCCAUUUGUAAUCUACAGAUCAGAUCACUCCUGUAUGUUCAAAAACGUUAGCAAAACCGCCCUGCCCAUUCAUUACCGAUCCGAUCCUAAGGCCUGGAUAACGCCCAUCCUCUUUGACGAUUGGUUUAUGAAUUGUUUCAUACCCCAAGUAAAGGAAUAUUGUUGGCAAAAGGGGAUUCCAUUUAGAAUUCUUCUGCUCUUAAGCAAAGCACCUGGGUAUCCCCCAGAUCUUGAAAGUCUCCAUCCUCAUAUAAAGAUAGUUUAUCUGCCCCCAAACACCUCUGUGCUCUUACAGCCUAUGAGCCAGGGAGCUAUCUCAGCCUUCAAGGCCUACUAUUUGCAUGAAGUGUUCGUCAAAGCCUUAGCCACAAUGGAAGACGAGAGUAUAACACUGAGCGAGUUUUGGAAAAGCUACAAUAUCCUGGAUUGUAUUGAAAACAUUGUAGCAGCCUGGCAGGGGGUUAGCGUGAAAUGCAUGCAAGGCAUUUGGAAAAAGUGCUUGAAAUGUUUUGCUGCUCUGGCAGAUAAUUUGGAGGAAUUUGACCCACGCCGACAUUUAGACGAAAUCAAUAAGAACAUUUUGACGCUCACGAAAUCCCUCGACUUAGAGGUGGAUGCCGAAGACGUGAAAAGCUUGAUAGCGUACACCGAGGGAGAGCUUUCCAACGAAGAUUUAAUUGAACUGAAAGAAGAACUGGAAGAACAGAAGGUGGUGGAGGAAGAAGUCGAAAAGGAAGAAAAAAAAGAAGAACGGAAAGAAGAAGUGAAAAAAGUCGUAGAAGUCCAGCCCAAAACGUUCAGUCUGAGAAGAUUGGCUAGUGUUUUCUCAGGUGUUAACAAAAUUUUAUCAGAAUUAGAAAGUAUGGAUCCAGAUGUGGAACGUUUUAGGCGGGUACACUGGGAAAUGCGUGAAAUACUAAAGUGUUAUCGGGAAAUAUAUGAAGAAAAAAGGAAAGAAAGCGUGGAAAGCAGACAUGGUGGGUUCCUGAAGAAAGUUACUACUUCCCCAGUUCCAGUCCCUUCCCUCUUACCCUUCCGAUCCACAGUAAUAGAACACCCGGAUGACCCUCAGCCAUCAACUAGCUAUGCCAGGGGAUCCGAUGUCCCUGAAAACUCGGAAAACCAUGAAUCUUUCAAAGGAUAUAUAUCCGAUUUGAUGUUUACAGUCAUCCCAAAGAAUACGAUGCUAAAAUCUCCGAAACAGGAAGAAGAGGCCUUUGAGAUUGUAAAGGUGAAGAUUCCCAUGGAUAUAAAGCAAGAGAGUGAUGGGGAAGCCAAUUAAUGAGAGAACAUGGACCGAUAUUAAGGAGAAGACUUUCCGGGUGGGAAGAUCUGAAGAAAUAGACAUUUGCAAAGAGUUUGGAGGGAAUCAAUAGCUUGUAUUUCUGGGGUUCUGGGGUUAAAAGAAAAGUGAAUAAAUCCACCAGGAGCACAAAGGCAUUUAGGAAAGAAAGCCAGCGAAGCCUGAAGAUGAUGAUCAAAAGUUACAACCACCAAUUUUCGAUUCGGAAUUUAGAGGAGCCAGAGGUGUGCAACCAACAGUGUUCCAGGCGUGCAAGGGCAAACUGCACAAAUAUUUACACUGUUAGAAAAGGAACAGCAAGCCUCCAGGGGACUGUUUCCUCAGCAAGAAAAAAAAGAUACAUUUGCUCACAAUAUGGGAAAUUUUGGUUGGAAAACAAACCUCAUGAAGAACAACAGGAUCCAUGCAAAGAAGCCAUAUAUAUGUCCAGACUACAGCAAAAGCUUCACUGGUCAGAUGCCCUCCUCAAAGACAAGAGGAUCCAUUACAGGAGGGAAGCUGUCGGAAGUGUGGGAGAAGCUUCUGGAUCAGUUGCCACCUAAAGCUCCAUAAAAGGAUGCGCACAGGUGAGGAAACUCCAGCAGUGUUUGGAAAGCUUCAAUGAGAGAGCAUCGCCGGUGAAAUGCAAGAGGACCCACAGGGGCGAAAGCCUUACAAGUGCUCCGAAUGUGGCAAAAGCUUUCGGACCAACUCCCAGUUGAAAAUACACAAAAGGACACCCACACUGGCCAGACGCCAUAUCCGUGCUUAGACUACAGGCACUGAUAAUGAUCCCCGUUGAGGGUCAACACAGUAGACAGACUGUACAGGUGCCCGAGUGUGGGAAGAGCUUUGUUUCUAGCUCACAUCUCAGGAAGCUUAGUAUGUAGUAUACAUGGCCAAGAAGCUGCAUAAAUGCUCCUACUGUGCGAAAAGCAUUAGUAGAAAAUCCCAACUUGGUGGUCCACCAACAGGAUUCAUAUCAGAGUUCUUCCACAUUUCAUAAACACAUGAAUAUCCACCCAGGAGGAACAUGCUAGAGAGGGGGCAGAGUUGGUGUUCAGGUCUUAACAUGCAGUCUCAGAGAUAGCGAUAGUGACAUUAGCAUUGGAGUAAAAGAGCAGACAGCUAAGAGUCAAGCACAAGGGGGGCAUUGGUGGCUUUUAAACAUAUUGAUACAUUAAAAUGUUAUAAAGAAGUCCUCGUUUCACACUGAAGUUCUUUGUUCUCUGGGAUUGCAGGCAGGUUAGAAAUGGCCCUUUUUUCUGAAAUUUCAGAAAAGAUUUCUGAGCCGAGAUUAGGAAACCGAUUAGAUUAUCUGCAAGGGCUGUUGCUAUGUGAGGUGUGGCUCCUUUCUGAAUACAUUUUGGCUUCUGGAGAUUUUAGGAAAGGAGCUGCAGCUUAACACAGUACAGUGGGAUUUUUUUAGCGGGUGGCAAAAACAGGUUUGUUUGUUUUUCUCGAAGUGCCCUCAUAGGCUAAUACCCAUUCUUCAACCUUCAGAUUUCACCAAGCCCUGCUCUACUUUACCACUCCUGUGAUUACUACCUUAAAUCAAAUCAAAUAAAAUCAAUCAAUCCUA